AUGCUCGGAAUCAGCGCUCGCGCAACAGUGACUUCAGUCACAGCGUUAUGCCUCGCAUUCCUCCUGCCUCGAUUGGGACUGCUAAACACCUUUCUGCUCGCGCCUUUAUGGAUCUCAGCCGGGUUGGCUGUCUUUGUCGCCUAUGCCAUCGCCACUGUGGAUGCUAGACAUCGAGAGCCCUACAUUAUACGCCCGUUGGGCUUCACGACUCCCUCUGCAUGGUCCGCACUGCUGAUCAGACGAUCGUGGGAGUCGCCAGCUCCGCCGACACUCUCGUCAGAAUCAGGAUUCGAUGCACAAGUGGACUCAUUCAUGCGACUUGUCAAGCUCCACUUCAUAGCCCCAUGGUACACUCGUAUCUCACCAGACCAGGCGUUUCCGGAUCAAGUGGAUAUACUCGUACGGCACAUGGUGGAAGAGCUAGGAAAACGGGCUCAAAUAGUAGACUGGCCAAGCUUUAUUGUCUCUCGCAUAUUACCCAUUCUCACUGAGCACCUGCGUCAUUACCGCUCUGUCGAGCACCUCGCUUCGACUUCCACGACGCCCAUGCCGCUGGCAUUACCGAAGAAACCACAUCCGGCUCUUGCGAAUACUGCUCACACCUUUUGGGGAAGCUCUUCAUCGAUCGAAGCUCAUCUUCGGGACAAGCUGGAACGUGUAGUCAAUGGGACGCUCCAGGAUGGAUCGACGGUCGUCUCUACCAUGGUCCGUGAGGUUCUUUUGGGGACCAUCAUGACGCCAGUCUUUGAUCUCCUAUCGGACAGCGACUUUUGGAACCGUCAGAUAGACGAUAGGGCGGGGAAAUACCUUCACGAACAAAAGCAAGUCAACAAGUUUCUUUCUGCCCUCGCAUCCCUACCGCCUGCAUCGCCUCGGGGAUCAGGGUCCAUCACCGCUACUUCGUCGACACGUCAAUUCGAAGCGUUCCUUCGCUCCAUUCCAAAAGUCAGGACGCUCGGCGAAGCGCGUCACUUGCGAGUUGACAUUGAAAGAGAACAAAGGGCUGCCAAGAGUGCUCUGGAUGAAGCUAUCGAGUCAAACGAUGAGCUGAGGUCGAAGAUCGCCAAAAAGUAUCUCAAACGCUUGGAGCGGGCGAGGUUGGAAGUCGAUAACAGGAUCACCGCAUUGAGUGGUAGUGUACCGACGCCCGCUCCUGCUGCGCAAGCUCGACCCAUCACUCUCUACUCGGUCCUUGCUGAUCCUGCAACACUGGCACCUUGGCUCGAAUUCAUGGAGCGGCGCAAACGAGCCCGUCUGGUGCAAUUCUGGCUCACCGUCGAAGGCUUCAAAAAUCCUCUGGAGGAUGCCUCUCAAUUGCAAGCUCAAACUGUCCGCGAUGACCUAUUGUUCCUUGAGCAAUACGCCGACGCCAUGUCUGAAACGCAUCUCGAUGUCAUUCGUCGCGCGACUGAUACGCCCGAAUCGCUUGCUGCGGCACGUCAGGCCAUGCUGGCGGCACAGAAGGAAGUCUAUGAAGCGAUGGAGGAAAAUGAUUGGCCCCAAUUCCGCAAGACUGAGCUUUUUCUCAAGGCCUCGACUGAGAUCGCCAAAUCUCAACAGGCUGUCAUUCCGCCAAAAGACACUUCAACACCGGACUCGCAGAUCAGACCCGUUCCUCGGCUGAAGGCCAUUCGGCAGCAAGGAAGCUUCACACCUGUCCCCCAGGCAUCGACUCAGGUCUCAACGGUUCUACCCACGUUUGAGCGUGCGGCCGACAGCCGGAUCUCCAUCUCUCGGUCAAUGUCUAGCGACGCGUCUCGGACUCCCAGUCUUCCCGUGACACCACCUGCACCUCGUCGCACGAGCCAGCUAGACUUCCUGAUAAGUCCUGAAGAGGGCUCGAGAGCUAGGCUGUUCGAAGAGGAUGCUAUGGAAGACUUUGUUCAGGUGGAAAGAAUGGAGGCUAUCCAAGCUGCCCUCAAUGAGAUCAUCGCUUCGGACAAUGUAGCGACUGGCAGGGCACCAGAAUCAAUGUCAUCAUCCUUAGUCCUACCAAAGGCUCGCGUCUCGCCAAAACUCUCUUCGAAGAGCGUUGAGGAUUUGCGCUCCGCUCAAUUGAUUGAUCCGCCGCGUCGCACAAGCCAUGAUCGCCGGCACUUGUUUGACGACAUUCCUGAUGAAGAAGCAGAGGAUACUGUCGACGAUCCUGACAUCGGCUACGACUCGCCUCGUCCAGCGGCUCCCGGUGAUCUCCAGCUCAGUGUAGAGAUCGCACGCCUCCAGGAUAAGAUUACAGAGCUGGUCAAGCAGGAACAUCUGUUGGAGAACCUUAUACGGCAAGCCGAACUCGUGGGCAAUCAGCACGAGUUGAAGAUUCUGCAGCGAUCAUUGUCCUCCAUCCGUCGAGAGCAGCGUACGACGGUAUUUCAAAAGGCUCAGUUCGAGCAACAGGAGGAGGAAAACCGUCUGGUCCCUGGUCGUACUCUUGUUCACAUUCCCUCUUCCGUCGUUACGCUUGAUCAGGGCAAGCAGGUCGUCCGCUACUCCAUCGAGGUCAAGCAGAUUGACGAUAAAGGCGGCGUGGUAACGGGUUGGAUGGUCGCCAGACGAUACAAUGAAUUCUGGGAGCUAGACAAGGAUCUCCGAGACACCUCUCUGCCCGUCUCCGCAGAGAUCCCGCCAAAGCGGCUGGUACCUAACAUGUCUUCAAGCUUCAUAGAUACCCGCCGAGUCAGCCUCGAACGUUACCUCCAGUCUUUGGUAUCGCAAUCGGCGAUUUGCGAAUCCAAGGUCCUCCAAAACUUCUUGUCUCGAGACACUGUGCCGCUGUCUGAAAUCGCCACGCCGCAAUUGGAACCGCAGAAUAUCGUACGCUCACUGUACCGGACCAUGGCAACGUCGCUGGACGAAGCGAUCCUCGGGCCAAGCAUGCUUGAUGUGAUGUACACCUCACUCAACCGACAACUGUCAGAUAUCGGUGCCAUGAUGGGUGGCGAAGAGCUCUCAAUGGGCGCACUGUUUCCAGUGCUCAAGCAAGGAUGGACGACUCCGUCUCAGGUCUUGGAAAGUGGGCCUGGGUCAUUCACCGCGCCCAUCUGUGACCUCUUCAUCGAAGUCUUCGACCUCAAAGGGAGUAACUGGCUAAGGAGACAGGCUAUCGUCGUUCUCUUACAACAGUUCUUCGGCGGAACCAUCGAGCGUCGGUGUCGUGAUGCUUACAUCAAUGGCACAUCCGCAUCCUCCAUGGAGCGAGUAGUGGCAAUGCUUCAGGAGACAAUCUUCCCCGAUGGUCAGCGAAGAGUGCCGGCUGCCGCCCGGACGGCCAGAGAAAAGAACGAGUCGAGGAACAAUGCAGGGCAGAAACUAGCGAUGCUGAUACCAGACGUUGCUGCCAACAUGAUCGGUCGCGGGAAUGCUCGCCGGGCUGCACGCCGUGUCUUUGGCGCCCUGCAAGAUCAGCGGUUGAAUCAACAGCUUUUUCUGUGCAUCUUUGACGAAGUGAGUCGAUUCCAUAGCUUGUCUAACGUCUAG